CUACAAACACGUAUUAUCCCUUCAGAAGUAACCCUGACCGCAGCCAGUGUUGAUUGAAGACCGUCUAGUGUGGACGAGUGUUUAUAGUAUCGAGAAAAAAGGAGAGACACAAUUCAUUGAGUUAAUCCAAGAUUUGUUGAAACCAAAGGAACCGUCAGCAUCACACUCGACUGAACAGGGUGCCAAAGUACUCUUCGGCUAGGACAGAUACUUGCAUGGCGAAUAUCAAGUAUUCCUAUGUUUUCUGGGGCCUUUUUGGCGUGUUUAUUCUAGCUCUAUGGAUUGCUUUGUAUGUAGGCUGUGUCAUCCCCAUCGAAAAGAGCGAAACAUUUAGAGCUACACAGUGUAAAACUAUUUACAGUAGAGAUGUGGGUCACCAAAAGUGUCCAUGUACGUCGAGUUCUGAUGACGGAUGUGGCAAGUCUUAUUCAUGUUUACAGAUCUUUGUGAGCUUCACAGUACAGUACCAUAACACUUCCACGCCUCAGGCUAGACGAGGAUUACUUCACUUUGCAGAAAACAUUCUCCAUAGUAAUUGUUCUUACGAGCCCUUCUGUGAAUCGAGCCAGGAUCUUAUAGAUAUCGAACUACUUUCGUAUUUCUACAAAAGAGGCAAAAAUGGAACCGUUUUUUCUUGCUAUUACAACGAAGAAAAUGAGACUCAAAUCAUUGAAGUUAACUAUAACGGACGUAGACUUGCCAUUCUUUUGCCAUUUGCUGCUGUUUUUAUUGUAUCAAUCUUAGUGGUUUCAGUGCUUUUAUGGCGUCGUGGUUGUGGUUGUAACAGAAAACGGAGGCCAUCCAGACUUAGUUUUGUUACUGCAACAGAUGAAUUUUAAGUAUGUAUUACUCAUGAGACACCACAAAAGCCAUUAACAAACGGAUCUAUUUCCCGUACGUCAACGCCAGCCAUGAGGCUGUUAAUAGAAACAUUAAGUUCAAAAUAUGACUAAUCUUCCAUUACUUUACCCUAAAUAAUUACCAACCCUGUCUUUUGUCGCACUUAGAGCGAUAAAACAAAAAUCAUAUAAAAGUAUCUUCUGGACACAGGAAAAAAGGUCCUGUCGGAUUUCCUGAAAACGCGUCUACCAAAAUCAUUCUUCCAACGGAAAUCGAUUGACAAGAGUUGUACUAAUAGUUCGUAACUUAAUCACGAUGAAAAUAUACCAUUCAUUUAUUUACGUCAUUGCACCAUUGAAACAGGAUCUGCUGUUCGAUGUAGGGCAUAUACAGGCAUAUACAUAUAUCUAUAGCCUAGGAGCAGGUGUGAAAUCUGGAAAGAAAUUGCUAGAAUGAAGUAAUGAGAAAUGGUUUCAAAAUAAUGACUAGACUAACAAGUCUGGGGGGCAAUGAAACCCGCCUAAAGGAUUUGUUAUCAAAAUCAUCUUUUUCAUUAAUGAUAGAACGUUUGCAUGAUGGCGUCAUGUCACUUCCUCUACCAAAAUGCUUCACUAAUUUUUUUUCAUAUUAUUAAAAUUUGUACUCCCAUUCAAAUAACAGGCUUGUUUCCUAUAUUUAUGCAUUUGUGUAAACUGUAAGUAGUAAAAUGUGCAUAAUUAAUGUAAACGGACUAAUUUUUUWAAUUCUAUCUUCUUUUUAUCAUCACACCUGUGUUGAGGGAAACUUAGCUUUCACUGAAGCCCCAGCGCCGAGUUGCCCCAGAGUACACGCUUUACGUUGGGUUCCCUUUGGUAUAAAUUUACCGCGUUCGCCCUGAAGACUAGUAAGCUUUAAAUAAUGGUUUGAUGAAUUUCGAAAAUUCCAGUAAAGAAUUAAAAUUAAUUGUAAAG